GGCAGUGGCAAUAUGGCUGUAGCUUUCGAGUUUCGCUGGUAGUGCGCGGUACUCACACCAUUUCAAGUAUAGAGUAGAGUAUUUCUGACGCCUCUAAAGUUUCAUUUUUAAUUUUUUAGUGGUAUUUAUUUCCGAUUCAUUGUUUUAACCUAAGUUUUUAAGAAAAAAAUUUGGUUUUUCAAUUUCGUCGUCACCAGAAUUCAUGCGACGACAAAAUGGCGUCGCUUGACAAGAUUUUACUGCAAAACAUUUUUUUCAAUUUUAUUGUCUUUUCAUAUAAAUAUGUUUAAAAUCUUGUAAUUAGUGUUUUCUAAUUGAUUUUUGCAAAUGAAUAAUCUAGUUUUUCAUUAUUUUAACCGUCAAAUAUUUAAAAGGCCGUGUAUUCUUUAAUUUUUCUGCAAAAUGCACCUGAUCGGCUCUAUGAAUGAAUCAGGGAGUGAUUCUAUGAGUGACAAAGGUGAUAGAAGUGAUUCCAGUGCAUCAGGUUCUGGAAGCGAAAGCGAUAGUGGAUCCAGUUCUGGUUCAGGAUCAGCCUCUGGCGGUAGAUCUGCUUCAGAAAAGUCUUCCAAUCCAGAUCAUUCUCAUCACAGUGACGAUACUAAGUCAUCACCAAAACACAGCAAUCAGAAUUCUUCAAAAUCAGACCAUCACACAGAUAAAGAUUCAUCGAGUGAAGAUAUAAAACGUAAAUCAAGGGGCAACCAUGGAAAAGUUAAAUCUGACCUCUGGGAAGAUAACCCUGAUAUUUAUGGCAUCAGAAGAUCUGCUAGAUCCAGGAAAGAGCCAGACAGGUUGAAUGUAGCUGUGGAUAGUGAUUCUAGUGAAAAAGGACGGAGUCAUAACAGGAAAAGUAGGAAAAAAAGUGAUUCAUGGAACUCAGACACAUCGGAUAGUGACAGUGAUAUGAAGGGUUCACCACCGCCCCCUUCAAAACGACCAGGCCAAAGAAGUGUACCUCUACGAAAAAAGAAGCCAGCGAGAAGAAGAAGGUUCUCUAGUGAAGAGGAUGAAAGCACAGAAGUAUCAGAUGAAGACACAAAGAGAACAGCCACAAGGAGGACAGGUGCAGCAAUUAGUUAUAAGGAGGCUAGUGAUGAACAAACAGACUCUUCUGAUCUUCUAGAAGUUGAGGGUGGCGAGGGGGAAGAAGGGGAGCCUGAACCUGAAGAACACAGUGAAACUAUUGAACGAGUCCUUGGUCACCGACGAGGAAAGAAAGGAGUCACUGGGCAUGUGACUACAGUUUAUUAUAUAGAAGAGCAUGGAGACCUUAAUGAAGAUUGCAAUCCUGAGGAUGAAGAGUCAACCGAACCCCAGUACCUGAUUAAAUGGAAGGGAUGGUCUCAUAUCCACAAUACUUGGGAAUCUGAGAAGACCCUCAAUGAACAAAAAGUUAAAGGACUUAAAAAAUUAGAAAAUUAUAUCAAAAAGGAAGCCGACUUAUCUUGGUGGAGGCAACGGGCCGGGCCGGAGGAUAUUGAUUAUUUUGAAUGCCAGAGUGAACUGCAGCAAGAACUAGUUAAGACCUACAAUAAUGUAGAAAGAAUAAUCGCUGAACAAACUAGGGAGUUGGAAGGUGGCGGGACAGCCCGUGAAUAUUUUUGUAAAUGGGAGUCGCUUCCAUAUGCUGAUGCUACAUGGGAAGAUUCAGCUUUAAUAGAGAGGCGGUGGCCCGCUGAGGUGGAACACUUUAAGCACAGAGAAGCUGCUAAAACUACACCAUCUAGACAUUGUCCGGUUUUAAGAAGGAGACCUAAGUUUCAUCAAAUCAAAGAACAACCAGAAUAUAUGGGUAAAGAUAAGACAUAUGUGCUACGAGAUUAUCAAAUGGACGGGUUGAACUGGCUAGUACAUUCCUGGUGUAAAGACAAUUCUGUUAUUCUUGCCGAUGAAAUGGGUUUAGGUAAAACAAUACAGACAAUAUGUUUCCUAUACUAUCUGUUCAAAUCUCAACAACUUUACGGACCAUUCCUGUGCGUGGUACCAUUGAGUACGAUGACUGCGUGGCAAAGAGAGUUUGAACAAUGGGCACCUGAUAUUAAUGUUGUUACGUACAUUGGUGAUGUUGUUAGCAGAAAUAUUAUCAGGCAAUUUGAAUGGAGUUUUGCAAGUUCGAAAAGACUAAAGUUUAAUGCAAUUCUUACCACCUAUGAGAUUUUACUCAAAGAUCGACAGUUUUUAAAAUCCUGCAGUUGGGCGUGUUUGUUGGUUGAUGAAGCUCAUAGACUGAAAAAUGAUGAUUCCUUAUUAUACAAAGCUUUAAAAGAAUUUGAUACUAAUCACAGGUUACUAGUGACUGGUACACCUUUACAAAAUUCACUGAAAGAAUUAUGGGCUCUUCUACAUUUUAUUAUGCCGUACAAAUUUGAAUCAUGGGAAGAAUUUGAGAAAGAUCAUGAGGAUGCAGCCACAAAGGGCUAUGAAAAACUUCACAAACAGUUGGAGCCAUUUAUAAUACGUAGGCAGAAAAAAGAUGUUGAGAAGUCUUUGCCUGCAAAGGUUGAGCAAAUAUUGCGAGUCGAAAUGACUUCUAUUCAAAAACAAUAUUACAAAUGGAUUCUUACAAAAAAUUACAGCGCCUUACGCAAAGGAGUUAAAGGUUCAAUUAACACUUUUAUAAAUAUUGUGAUUGAACUUAAAAAAUGCUGUAAUCAUGCACUCUUAACCAAGCCGGAAGAUUUCGAAUCUCGUGCAUCGCUUGCGACUACAGAUGCUGUGGAAAAAUUGCUACGAGGUUCCGGAAAGCUGCUAUUAUUGGACAAAUUAUUAUGCCGGCUUAAAGAGACAGGCCACAGAGUGCUUAUUUUCUCUCAAAUGGUUAGAAUGUUAGACAUUUUAGCUGAGUACUUACAACGUAGACAUUUCCCGUUCCAACGUCUGGAUGGUAGUAUAAAAGGUGAACUAAGAAAGCAAGCACUGGACCACUUCAAUGCAGAAGGAUCGCAAGAUUUCUGCUUCUUGCUGUCCACGCGCGCCGGAGGUCUCGGCAUCAACUUAGCCACGGCCGACACCGUCAUCAUCUUCGACUCUGAUUGGAAUCCACAGAAUGAUCUGCAAGCUCAGGCACGUGCUCAUCGUAUUGGGCAGAAAAAUCAGGUCAAUAUCUAUCGACUGGUGACAGCUAGGUCUGUCGAAGAGGAUAUUGUAGAAAGAGCCAAAAGAAAAAUGGUUUUAGACCAUCUUGUGAUCCAAAGAAUGGACACCACUGGCAGGACUGUACUUAAUAAACGGGAUGCAACCGGCACAUCGGGGAACAAUCCCUUCAAUAAAGAAGAUUUAAAUGCGAUAUUGAAGUUUGGUGCAGAAGAAUUGUUUAAAGAUGAUGACGAAAAUGAUGAGGAACCUGUCUGUGAUAUUGAUGAAAUUUUACAACGAGCUGAGACUCGCGAUGAAGGUCCAGCCAUGGUCGGAGAUGAAUUGCUAUCAGCAUUUAAAGUGGCUAGCUUUGCUUUUGAUGAAGAUAAGGCUGUUAUGGAAGUGAAGAAGGAGAAUUCAGAGGAGGAUACUAAAGAUUGGGAUGAUAUCAUUCCAGAAAAUGUACGAAAAAAUAUUGCCGAACAAGAAAAGAAUAAAGAAAUGGAAGACCUUUAUCUACCUCCGAGAAGGAAAAAUAUGCAAGCAAAUAGUGCGGAGAGUAGAGAGGGGCGGAAGCGUCGCGGGCGUGGUUCUGGUGAACGCGAGGGAGAGGGGGAGGGGGAGGGCGAGGGAGACGUGGAGAGCGACGUGUCGGAGGGAGAGGCCAGUGCGGAUGACGACCGCCCCCGCAAGCGCGGCCGCCCUCCCGCCUCGCACAGGGAGAAGAUUAAAGGAUUCACUGAUCAAGAGAUCCGGAGGUUUGUUAAGAGUUACAAGAAGUUUUCGGCGCCUUUGAAGCACCUUGACAGUAUAGCUUGCGACGCUGAACUUCAAGAGAAGCCCCUCGCUGAACUUAAAAAGCUCGGCGAGAUUCUCCAGGAGCGGUGUAAAGCUGUGCUCAAUGAUACCACAGAAACUGCUAAUGAACAAAGUAAUGGCCGAAAAAAUACUAGAAAAACCUUUAAGCUUGGAGGUGUUCCUGUCAAUGCCAAGACUAUGGCCGCAUGCCAAGAUGAGUUGGCACCUUUAGAUGAAUUCUUGCCCCAAACAAAAGAGGAGAGGCUCAAAUGGCAAUUAGAUUUCAGAACAAGGCCUGCAAAUUUCGAUAUAGAAUGGACUGUAGGAGAUGAUUCAAAGCUUCUCGCUGGAAUAUAUCAAUAUGGUAUGGGAUCAUGGGAGGCUAUCAAAAUGGAUUCAUCAUUUGAAAUUGGUGAUAAAAUUUUAACUAAUGAAGACAAAAAACCUCAAGCAAAACAUUUACAGUCCAGAGCUGAAUACUUGCUAAAAUUAAUUAAGAAAUUAUUGGAUCAGAAAAACGGGAAACAAAAACAAAGGAAGCCAAGAGGAAAAAGAGGAAACAAGGAACCAGUCACUAAAGAUAUUGUGGAAGAGGAUGGUACCUCAGGAGAUGAGAAUAAGAAAAACAAGAAUAUGAAAAAUGAUAAGUCAGAAAAGACUAAAUCUAAAUUAGAAGAAAUUGCAAUGCACGAUGAAGCUUCAAAUGAUAGAAAAGAAAAAGAUAAGAAACGCACAAAGAAAGAAGGCAGAGACAGGACAAAGGGUGACAAAGUGAAAAGUCGGAAGAAACCAGCGGGACCCAUGCAUUUUACAGCAAACAAUGAACCCAGGGCAUUGGAAGUCUUGGGAGAUCUUGAUCCAUCAGUAUUUGAAGAGUGUAAAGAAAAAAUGAGACCAGUUAAAAAAGCCUUGAGAGCUCUCGAUAAUCCCGAUCAGACACUCUCAGAAUCUGAACAAGUGUCAAGAACAAGAUCUUGUCUUGCUCAAAUCGGAAGCCAAAUAGAUAUAUGCUUAGAUGAAUACCCUGACCCUGAGAAGAAAGUAGAAUGGAGAAGUAAUCUCUGGUAUUUCGUGUCGAAAUUUACGAAUUUUGACGCAAAACAAUUGUAUAGGUUAUACAAGUAUGGUCUGAAGAAACCUGUUGAUGGGCCUAAACGUAAAGAUGGAAAACACAAGGAAAACUUAAAAGGUGGUAAAAAUAAUCUCAAUUCUAAUAACCACAUAAACAAGUCAUUUAAAAAGGAUGCUAAGCAAGAUUCAUCAAAUAACAGAAAAGAAAAAAGACCAAAAACAGACAAGGACAAACCCGAUAAAAGUAAUGAUAAAACUCCUCAUUCAUCUGGAGUAAAAAGAAAAUUAGAGGAAGGUGAAUGUGACCCUGAGCCAAAUGAUAAUAAACGACAUGAAAGACAUAAAGACAGAGAUCGCAAGAAUAAAGAUAGCAGCCUGAAACGAGACGAUUUGAUCGGCAGAGAUCGAGGCAGACCGGAGCGUGAGAGGGACCGCGACCGGGAGCGAGAUCGAGACCGUGAUAGAGAACGAGACCGGGAGCGCGACCGGGAAAGGGACCGGGACCGAGAGCGAGAUCGUUCUCGGACCCGUCGCGACAGCGGAGGCCUGGGACCGGCGCGAGUGCGGCCGCCCUACGGUUUGCCGCAUCCGCACUCGGAGCAUCAGCUGCAUCCCGCGUGGACGCCGCCCGCCUACCCCGGCCCCAGGCAGUACCGCGGCGAUAGAAAUUCACGCCCUCACGACAAGAGAAGAUUUCCCACUGGUUAUACCGCCAUGGGGGGCCCGUACGCCGGAUACUACGACGGCAGUACAAUGCCGAGUGGAAUGGGCUUCCCUCCGGUGCGGCCGUAUCCCGACGAUUGGCGGAGCUACCCCCAGCCCGAGUACGCGUACGAUGAGCGCGAUUACGAGCGGGAGGUGUACAGGAGGGACUAUGACCGACGAGCACCACCCACCUAGUGCACGGGACUAUUUGAGCUCUAUAGAGGCUCCUUGUAAAUAUCAAAUAAAUUAUAUUGUAAAUAUAAAUAAAUAGGGUAUCUCCUUCCGCGGACACUAGUUGAAAAGUGUAAAUGUACAGUGUAAGUGACAACAUAGUGAUGUGGACGUUCUCUAUGUGAUAAGUGAAAUGAAUUGGAUAAAACUUUAACUAAAAUUUUACUUGUAUGUACGUCGACUGUGUUUAUUAAGUGAGACUGUAUAGUAAAUUUAUUUAUUUACCGAGUCUGUCAAAUAUUGUUUGUGUAUAAAUUUUGCUGAUUACCAUUAAUUUUUAUAUUUGUUCCAAUUUUAUAGCCUGUUUACAGGUUGUGAAGCGAUUUUUAUUUUUGGAAUAAUAGAUUGUUAUGGUGUAUUUAAUGAAUUGCCACAAUUUCAACACUAGCUAUUUAAUUUGACAUGAAUGCAGGUGAUAUACUUAGGUCAUAGUUAAUGUACAAAAAUUAGUAUUUGUUAGUAGACUUCAUAUAUAUCUUAAAUCAUGUACAAUUGAGAACAUCUUGUAUAGCUAGUUGGAAGGGAGAGGGGAUUUGUCAUUGCAUUUUAGCAGUGUAUAUGAAAGAAUGGUGUUUGAUUUCUACUGUUAAUUUCUCAAUAUGUGCAUUUCUGAGUCCCGAUAGGACUCACACAGUGUCCUAUUUUUAUACAUUAUGUAAAAGUCUUAUUCUCUAUUACAUGCAAUUGACUGUAAUAAAGAGUGGAAGCGUCUU